CUACCCUACCGCGUACGGUGGCAAGACUUGAAAGAUCUUUUUCGGCAAGCUGGAACGGUACUGCGAGCGGACGUUUCUCUCGGUCCAGACAAUCGAUCACGAGGCUAUGGGACAGUCCUACUAGCAACCGCUGAAGACGCUGGCCGCGCCGUCGAUAAGUUCAAUGGAUAUUCGUGGCAGACUCGUAUACUCGAAGUACGUCCUGAUCGUCUUCCCCCUGACUUCGACAGUUCUGCUGCGACUCCCGCUAUUUCCUAUCCUCUUCCUGAUAUCGAUUCGCUUUCACUGUACGGGUUAGAGCGGCCUGCUUCAACCGCAGGCGGCGGCAGGAACUUAUUUGUGGGGAAUCUGCCAUUCCACUGCCAAUGGCAGGACUUGAAAGAUCUUUUCCGUCAGGCAGGUACCAUUUUACGCGCUGAUGUCGCAUUGGGGCAAGAUGGUCGGUCCAGAGGCUUCGGCACUGUCGUCUUUGCUACAGAUUAUGAUGCAGAACGCGCAGUUAAAAUAUUCAACGGUUACGAGUACAAUGGACGUCCAUUGAAAGUGCAUUACGACAAA